CUCGGCUGUCCCCUCGGCCACGGCGGGUUCGGCGAGGUGUUCCGCGCCGUUGACAGGACGGCAACGCCGCCGCUAUACGUUGCCGCCAAGCGUAGCCGCCGAGCGGCUGACAUGGAGAUGCUGCGCAAGGAGGCGCGGGCAUUAGACUUGGUGGCAGGGCAUCCAUUUAUCAUCGAGCUUCUCGACUUCAUCGAGACCCCGGGAGGCCAGACGUUCCUCUUCCUUGAGUUCUGCGGUGGCGGCGACCUAUUCGAUCGCGCUUUUGUCGAGACCGCUCCGGACAAACGCCUAUCGGAGCGGGCGGCGCGGCCAAUCGUCAGACGUAUCGCCGAGGCGCUCCGCCACUGCCUCUCGCGCGGCGUCUCGCACCGCGACCUCAAGUUCGAGAACGUGAUGCUGAGUGCCGAGGACCCGACCGCUCUCAAGCUGAUUGACUUUGGCUACGCCUGCGAGGCGCCGGCGCCGCCCGCGCCUGCGACGCAAUACGAUGGUGUGGGCACGUACCAGUACAUGGCACCGGAGCUCUGGACCGCAACGGCCGGCUACCGCGCGCCCCCCGUCGACUGCUGGGCGUACGGCGUCCUCGUGUUCACGUCACUGUCCGGCUUCGCCCCCUGGGGCGAGGCGUAUGCCACGGACUCGACGUUCGUCCGCUUUGAGCAGAGCGUCGCCAGCGGCGCCGGCGCGUGCGACGCGCUCUACGGCAUGUACGACCUCCGCUGCCCCUUCUCACCACCCGCUUGCGACUUCAUCGACGGACUCCUCACCAUCGACGCGAAUGCGCGCGCCACCGUCACGCAGUGCCUCGACCACCCGUGGCUG